AUGGCUUCUGGAGAUACGAUUAAGUACGAGAAAAUCGAACGUGGAUCACUCUAUGGUCUUGACUACAGAAUUUUCAUUAGUGGCCCUGUUGGUGUGAUUUCUCCGUGGCACGAUGUUCCGCUUUUCGCCGACGAAGCCAAUAAGAUCUAUAACAUGAUUGUCGAGAUUCCUCGUUGGACAAAUGCAAAAAUGGAGAUGGCAACUGCUGAACCAAUGAAUCCUAUCAAGCAAGACACAAAGAAAGGCUUUCCGCGAUUUGUGCAUAACAUAUUUCCACACAAGGGUUAUAUCUGGAACUAUGGAGCACUUCCUCAGACUUGGGAGAAUCCGAACCACAUUGUUCCCGAUACUGGUGCGAAAGGAGACAACGAUCCAAUUGAUGUAAUCGAGAUUGGAUCUAAGGUUCAACAGCGUGGUAGCGUUGUCCAGGUAAAAAUUGUCGGCACGUUGGCGCUGAUCGAUGAAGGCGAGACGGAUUGGAAAUUAGUCGCUAUCGAUGUCAAGGAUCCUCAAGCUGACCAUGUUAACAGUAUCGGUGACGUCGAAAACGAUCUCAUUAUUUUAAAUCUUGCACUUCCUUGCUUGUUGUCUGGAUUGCUACAAAAUAAAUUCGCCUUCAAUGGCGAGUACAAGGAUAGUGAUUAUGCUCACAACGUCAUCGCCAAAACACAUGAGUUUUGGAAAUCGCUCAUUAAGGAAGUUUCACCGAAUCUCAACACGUACGUUAGAGUGCCUGAUGCUGGAACUGUUAACAGUGAUGAGGUACAAAAGUGA